AUGCCUCUCACCAGAAGACAGGCUGAGGCAGAAGGAAGAAAAGAUGAAGUAGAGAGAGAAUAUGAAGAGGCCAUUGGUCAUGGAAAGUUUUUAACAAAGGAUAAGGAAGAAGACAAUGACAACAUUUUAGGAAAGCACGACUUAUCUUCUCCUGAAGAGGAAGAGUUGAGAAAGAAGUCGAGAAGUGGAAAAGGAACUGAAAUUCAAGACGAAUCAGAAAACAGUUCUACGCUUACGAAAAUAUUGGAAGAAUUAAGAGAAUGGAAGGCUUAUACAAUUGAGAGCUCUAAAAAACAUGAGGAAGAAAUGAAGAAGUUGGGAUUUGACGUAAACCGCACUAUUUCCGAAGUUCACGCUACAAGAGAGAAGUUAGCCGAGGAUGAACAGACGAUUCAGGAAAUGGCAAAAAGGCAAGAUCAAAAGAUGGAAGAUAUCACAUCUAAAAACAAAUUUUUAUGCGAACACCUUGAACAAUUUGAAGUAGAUGUUAGAGCAGUUUUGGUGAAGCAUGAUAAGUAUUGUGAGGAAUUUGCCAAACACAUAAAUGAUCAUGAGACAGAUAACAAACGGGUCAUCGACGGAAUGAACGAGAGUCUGAAGAAGCACGAUAUUUCUUUUGAGAAUAUUACCAAAGAUUUAAAUGAUCACGAGACAGAUAACAAAAGGAUCAUUAAGGAAAUGAAGGAGGACUUAAUUGUUCAGCAGGCAAGCAUUGAGAAUGAAAAUGCGAGAAAGUUGAAGGAGAUUGAAGAACGACUGAACCAACAAUUAGACGGACGAGUAAGAAAGUUGGAAACCUUGAUAAAGGAUAAUCCGAAGGAGAUCAAUGAGCGACUGAACCAACAAUUAGACGGACGAGUAAGAAAGUUUGAAGACUUGAUAAAGGAUAAUUCGAAGGAGAUAACUAAAUUGAUUGCUACAGAAACUUCGAGAGAAAACAACUACAAAUUGCUUAAUGAUGACAUCAAAAAACUGAAUACCGAUAUGAAUCUUUUAAAAAUUGAAAAAUCUCAAAAUUUUGAAUUACAAAAUAGCUUAAAAACCAAAAUGGAAGAACAAGGUGAAAAGAUAAUAGUUCUACAACAACAAAAUCAAUAUUUGAUGGAGGAUCACCGUAAUGUAUCUCGGAAAACAGAUAAAUUUGCUACAGAUAUCGCCGUCUUGAGAACGAAAUACGAAUUGAACAUAUCCGGUGCAGAAGCGUCAAAUGUACGAAUACCUAAGUACGAAAACCUUCAAGAGAAACAGAAGCAGAAGUUUGCCAAGACGCAAAAUGAAGGAUUGUACACCCCUGCAAUCAAAUACCAACAUCCUUAUCAGAAGGAAGGAGACCUGAACACUCCAACUCAGGAAGUGAGGUAA